AUGAGACUCUCAAGCACUGUACUCUUCUUAUUAUCUGUGAUUCUUUCCAUCUCAGAAAUAAAUGCUAAAAUUUUCAAACCAUACUGCAGUCAAAUUAAGAAUAAGAUGUUUGUAUUUUGUACAAUUGAUGAGAAUUGCUAGUACUCCGAUGAGUAUUGCAAAAUAGAUCCAGCUAAUCCUUCUUAAUUCGGUUCAUGUGUAGUCAAUCAAGAUAUCUACAUUAAUAACCCAUGCAACUGGCCGUAGGUUGAGUAAGAACCACCUUUUGAUAUGUGCAUGGUUAUGAGAUGCAUGGCUGGUUACUACUGCUCAGAAGGAAAGUGUCAUUUAAAUAUGAGAUAAGAUUCAAUUUAACCUGGAUUCCUUAAUUGA